AUGGCCAAUGAACAGUUCUAUGAAUGCUGUAUUCAACAACAGCUUCCAGAUAGUUGCUUAGAAAAGUGUUCAUAUACUAUAUAUGCAAAGAAUACUUUGCAGGCUAUGUACCUUCAACUUGACAGAUGUCCGCUGUCAGCAUUAGCUGAUAUAUCAUAUUGUGCUGCCGGUGGACUGGAUCAUACAGAAUGUUGCAUACGGAAUAACGUUGCAACAACAUUUGCUGGACAGAAAUGUCUUACGUUUUGCGAUCAGCGACCGGGAAAUGUGACGAAACUGGACUUGUCCUAUCUACCCUGCUAUGAACGCUUCGAAAAUAUCAAACGCUGUUUUAUGGAGCAUAUUGGCACCAAAACUAAGCCAGCAACUGUUAAUGUAAGACUUGCACGGACAUUCGAAACGUGA